GUCUUGUUUAAUUCGAUAAAAGUAUUUCUCAUACUGGAGAAUGACCCAGAAUACAACGGAUACCACUGCUAAAAGAUGCCGUACCUCGCCCACUCAGUUCAUGCCCAGCUCGGCGCCCUCCCUCUGGGAUUGGUGGGUUGGACUCUGCUGGCUGUGUCCGUGGGCCUGGUUCAGUGGCGUGUCUGGAUCCUCUCGUUCUUCUCAACUGAGCCCUCUGGAGUGGCAUGGAUUGGGAUCUGGAGAGCCUGUUUUUAUUCCCAAGAACAAGCGUCCCCUGGCCUUCUGAUCAUGCACUGCUCUUCCAUCAACUUACAAGAUUCCUUCACCCCUCCAGAAAUUGCUACAGCUCAAAUUUCAAUGUUUUUAUCUUUAGGAUUUGGAAUUUUGGGAUUCGUAUGUGGAAUUUAUGCUUUACGGAAUGCCUUUUUUGGGAUAAAAUCACUCACACAAUGCGCAUUUUGCCUUGGAGGAACGCUAACACUUCUGGCGGCAAUUUUGGCUCUAAUUCCUCUUCUUUGGAACCUCGCUGCAGUGUUGCGCAAUCAGCCGAUACAAUUCCCGGAUGAGUUCAAACUCCCAGAAACUCCGAAGGCGCAGCAGGUGGGCGGGGCAGUGUGGGCGGGGCUGCUGGGCGUGGUACUCUUGGCCAUCACGGCGAUAAUAGACAUUUCCUACAAAUUACCGAAAGAAGAAAUGAGAAGUUUACGAAAGAGACAAGGCAGAAAUAACCCCGCCUUUGAGUUUGAUGACGUCUGGCUUUAAGAUUGUAGACCCGCCCACAAAAACUCUGAGCCAAUCAAAGCACUUAAAGCUUUUCAAUAGACUUCCUGUUUAUAGGUCUAUUAAAUGAAGAGUUUACUGAGUUUACUGUAUCUAUAAAGCAAAAGGCGUCUGAAAAAUGACCCACAACAGCAAAGAAACAAGACGUUACUGAGUUCUCUAUAAAGAUACACACACUUUUGCGGUUGAGGGUCCGCUACAUGCUUGUCUCCAUGGAGAUGCUUUUUUCUGUUCAAAAUGUAAUGUGAUCUAACUUGUAUUUAUUCAAUUGCUCC